ACAAAGACAGUCAUGGUGGUGUGAACUGAUGACUGUCUUAUGAGAGUGUAACUACUUCCUUCAACAUUUCACUUCCUUCCUUCUUUGAUCAAAAAGAGUUCAACACUCUUCUCUCUCUCUUUACAUUCUCUCUUCUCUUUCUAACUCCUUCACCAUUUUCUCAAUCAAAAUUCACCUAUUUCUAUGUAAGAGCAAGAAACACAAACACAUUCACAAAAGUUUUGGUCUUUUCCAUCUGGGUAUUUUUGUUUUAGUCACAUUUUGGUCACAAGGCUUGGAUUUUGAUAUUUUUCAAUAAUGGGGUUGUGAGUUUUGUGGAAAAGUUUCUACCUUGAUUAUCAUUGUUUUCUCUAGGGUUGAGGUAGAAAUGGUGGGUGUUUUGGUGGAAAUUUGCAUCUUUCUCUUGUUUUCCAUCAUGAUUGCAAUGUGUGGUGGUGAUACUAACCCAAAUGAUCUCAAAAUUCUGAAUGAUUUCAGAAAAGGGUUGAAGAAUCCAGAGCUUCUCAAAUGGCCAGAGAAUGGAGAUGACCCUUGUGGCCCUCCUUCAUGGCCUUAUGUGUUCUGUUCUGGAGGCAGAGUCACUCAGAUUCAGGCUAAGAAUUUGGGUCUUCAAGGAUCAUUGCCUCCAAAUUUUAAUCAGCUAUCAGAGCUCCAAAAUUUGGGGCUUCAAAGGAACAACCUUAGUGGGAUGCUACCUAGUUUCAGUGGAUUAUCAAAUUUGCAAUUUGCUUUCUUGGAUUACAAUGAGUUUGAUGCAAUCCCACUUGAUUUCUUCAAUGGACUCACCAGCAUCACGGUCUUGUCUUUGGAAGAAAACCCAUUGAAUGCUACUACUGGGUGGUCAUUUCCUAAGGACUUAGAGAAUUCAGGGCAAUUAACCAACCUUUCUCUGGUGAAUUGUAAUCUGGUUGGAGAACUACCUGAUUUUCUGGGCACAUUGCCUUAUCUCACAAAUUUAAGGCUUUCAUUCAACAAAUUGUCUGGUGGCAUUCCAGCUAGUUUUAAUCAAUCUUCAAUCCAGGUUUUGUGGUUGAAUGGUCAAGAAGGUGGUGGCAUGACAGGUCCUAUUGAUGUUAUUGCUUCCAUGACCUCCCUGAGACAAGCUUGGCUACAUGGAAACCAGUUCACUGGGACAAUUCCAGAAAACAUUGGAAGUUUAACUUCCUUGCAGGAGCUGAACCUGAAUAGCAAUCAGCUUGUUGGCUUGAUUCCUAAUACCUUGGCAAAUCUGGACCUUAAGAUACUAGAUUUAAGUAAUAACAGGUUCAUGGGUCCAAUCCCAAAGUUUAAGGCUGCCAAAGUAUCUGAUGAUUCCAAUGUCUUUUGUCAAUCUGAGCCUGGGCUUGAAUGUGCCCCUCAAGUUACUGCUUUACUGGAUUUUCUCCAUGAUCUGAAUUACCCUUCAGUUCUGAGUUCUAAAUGGUCUGGUAAUGAACCAUGUGGAGAGCCAUGGUUUGGAUUGAGCUGCAACCCCAAAUCAGAGGUAAUUAUAAUCAAUUUGCCAAGACAAAAGCUCAAUGGAACACUGAGUCCUUCACUUGCUAAGUUAGAUUCACUCCAUGAUAUCAGGCUUGCUGGAAACAAUAUAGUUGGCAAAGUUCCUAGCAAUUUUACUGAACUUAAGUCUUUAAAGUUGUUGGAUUUAGCUGAUAACAAUGUUGAACCUCCAUUGCCAAAGUUUCGUGAUGAUGUGAAGGUUAUCAUUGAUGGUAACCCCCUUUUUGCUAAGCUGAGUCCCAAGCCUACUAUUAGCCCACCACCUUUAAGUGCAUCACCUACAAGUGCACCACCUACAAGUGCACUACCACCUUCACUGGCACUGCCACCACCGGCACCAUCACCUUCCCAUAUGCCAACUUCUUCUGGUCUGAUCCCAAGCCCAAAUCACUCUAUCUCUGUCCCAUUAAAGCCCCGAUCAAAUAUCUUGCAAAGAUCCAAGACAGUAGUGAUAGUUGCUGGAGUUGCAAUCUUUGGAUUUGUAGCUCUUUUGGUAAUUCCUAUCAUCAUGUGUUGCUUGAAGAAGCAUAAGUCAUCAAUGGAUGCUCCCAGCUCUGUUGUUGUUCUCACUAAAGAUUCAUCUGAUCCAGAAAAGAUGGUUAACUAUGCUGUUUCAGAUAGCACCAUUGGAAGUUUAUCAACAAAGACAGGGAUAAGUUCUCUGACUAACAUAAGCGGGGAAACUGAAAACUCUCAUGUAGUUGAGGCUGGUAACCUUGUCAUCUCUGUUCAUGUUCUACGCAAGGUCACCAAGAAUUUUGCUUCAGAAAACGAACUCGGCCGAGGCGGGUUCGGAACAGUUUACAAGGGUGAACUAGAAGAUGGGGCCAAAAUAGCAGUGAAGAGAAUGGAGUGUGGAGCUAUUAGCAGUAAAGCAGUGGACGAGUUUCAAGCUGAAAUAGCUGUUCUUUCCAAGGUCCGCCACCGGCAUUUGGUAUCCCUGCUCGGCUAUUCCAUUGAAGGCAAUGAAAGGCUUUUGGUUUAUGAAUAUAUGCCGCUGGGUGCUCUAAGCAGACAUCUUUUUCAGUGGAAAAGCUUGAAGUUGGAGCCUUUAUCUUGGUCACAGAGGCUUGCAAUAGCACUUGAUGUUGCUAGAGGGAUGGAAUACCUUCAUGGUCUCGCCCGCGAGACCUUCAUCCAUCGAGACCUCAAGUCUUCGAAUAUUCUAUUAGGGGAUGAUUUUCGCGCAAAAGUUUCUGAUUUUGGUCUGGUGAAACUUGCCCCAGAUGGUGAGAAGUCCGUGGCAACAAGGCUUGCUGGAACAUUUGGAUACCUUGCCCCUGAAUAUGCAGUGAUGGGCAAAAUCACCACUAAAGUUGAUGUGUUCAGCUAUGGUGUGGUGUUAAUGGAACUUCUGACUGGACUAAUGGCUCUUGACGAGAGCCGACCGGAGGAAAGUCAGUACUUGGCACAAUGGUUUUGGCAAAUCAAAUCUAGCAAAGAAACGCUUAUGCCUGCGAUUGAUCCAGCCCUUGAAGCGAGCGAAGAGACUUUCGAGAGUAUUUCCAUUGUAGCAGAGCUUGCUGGACAUUGUACUGCGAGGGAAGCGAGCCAUAGGCCGGAUAUGAGCCACGCCGUCAAUGUGCUGGUAGCAUUGGUAGAGAAAUGGAGGCCAGUUGAUGAUGAAUUUGAUUAUGGCUUUGGCAUUGACUACAAUCAACCACUUCCCCAGAUGUUGAAACUUUGGAAGGAAGGAGAAAGCAAAGAAUUGAGCCAUGCAAGUCUUGAAGACAGUAAGGGGAGCAUACCGGCUAAGCCUAAUGGUUUUGCAGACUCCUUCACUGCUGCUGAUGCUAGAUGAUUUGGAGGUAACUACAUUGCAAUUUAUGGGUCUUGUUACAUUGUGGUUAAAUAAAAAGUUCACUUUUAUACUGGUCAUGUCUGUUUUGGCAGCAAAAGGGUACUAUUUAUUUGUUUCCAAUUCGUUGUUUUGGGACUUUAGAGUACUUCAAGGUACUGAGAGAGGUAUGAAGAUGUAGAUAAAGAAAUAUAAGUUUUAUUGUUUUUUUAGUGGCUAUAUAGAAAAAUAAAAAUCUCAUCAAUGAUGUUACAUGCUA